UCGCAUCAGAGCGUCAACACCAGCAUCGAACUCACCAUGCGCUCACUUUGAACUCACCAUGCGCCUUACACAGGCUGAAAAAUACUUGAUUUCUGUCACAAGUCCCAUCUGGGCUUGUUUUGUACAUCAGAUAGCGCUUAGAGCUCCUUUCUCCAUCAUUUUAUCACUGAGAUGGAACCGCUGUCAGAGAUUCUUUUAUUUAAUGAGAUAACCUCUACGGCUCUAUCAUAGGAGAGAGCGUAACAGUCAACUUUAGUGUGUUAAGACAGUACUGCCCAUAGAAUGUCUGUGGUACUGCCAUUUAUGCUGUUUUAUGCUAAGCUUGUAGGCUCUACUUGGUAGAAGGGCUCUGGCACUGUGGAGUGUGAGUCAGUGUAAUGACUUCGGGUGGACACAUUACAAAGGUUCUGCCCUUCACAUCAAUGUUUAUGCUGUAUUAACGAUAAAUGCGUUAAUCGCAAUUAAGUAAAAUUAACGCAUUAAACUUUAAUUAAUCGCAUGCGUUAGCACAUUAAUCCUGACAGCUCAAAUUUUUUGCACUAAAGUAAAAAGGAAAGUCUCAGCUUUCGAAUGGUAUAAUCGCAGAUAAGUGGUUUAUUACUACGUUUUUUUUUUUAUGUUUCUUUCCCCAGAGUUGCACUGCUAUAUAGAUGUCCACUGUGUGAGCGGCCAUGCUUGGCUCAAUAGGAACAUCCCAUUUGUGUCUGUCCACUUGUUAGUUAACAGCAAGUGACCUUGCUAUGCAACAUGCAGCGCCAGAGUUCCUGGAAGCGUCCUGCCAGCGGGCCUUCCUGAAGACCACCCAUGCCCGUCAUUCCCAUCCCGCGGCGGGUCCGCUCCUUCCACGGCCCUCACACCACCUGCAUGCAUUCUGCCUGCGGCCCGGCACGCACCGCUCAGCUCGUACGCACCAAGUACAACAACUUCGACCUGUACCUGAAGUCCCGAUGGAUGUAUAGUUUCGUCCGCUUCCUUCUCUACUUCAGCUGCAGCCUUUUCACCUCGCUGCUGUGGGUGGCGCUGUCCGCUGUCUUCUGCGUGCAGUACGUCAGUGUGCACGUUUUCCUUCGCCUUCAGUACAAACUGUCCGUCAUUCUCCUGCUGCUGGGCCACAGACAACUGGACUUUGGCAUUGUCAAUGAUCUCUUCAUAUACAGCAUGCACGUGACCAUGUUUCUGAUUGGGGGACUGGGCUGGUGUUUCAUGGUCUUUGUAGAUAUGUAAUGUUCUGACUGGUUGAAUGACAAUUAAUAUUGUUCACACACUUUAUGUUAUCAAAUGCCCUUUGAUUUGCUGUAUAAGCAUGAAGAUCUUGGCAGAUCUUAAUAAUAAUGGGCACAUUUGUUGUGACACUCAAUUUAAAGGUGCUGUGAGUGAUAUCAGCCAUUUUGCAAACUUAACCACUGAAUUAGACCACCUCCAUUGCUCCAACUACACAUCCGCUCUCCAAAACCCUGACCUUCAAAGAGAUGUUAGCAAACCCCAUCACAUAAAAGGCAAAGAGGCAGAUGCUAUAAUCGGAAUGGCAUAGUACCAUGCUACUCUCCACAGUCCUAUGGUUUCAAUCACACACACACAGGACAACGUGCAACGCAUUGUCAUUUUAAGUAUAAAAUGAGCUCUGAAUAACCACUAAAAGACAAAUAACUGAAAGUUACAUCAAAUAAAAUAACAGUAGUGUAUCUAAAAUUGGCAAGAAGUAAAGCUAAGCAGUACACUCUAAUCUGCAUAAUUUAUUCAUAACACAAAGCAUUGCUGGGAAUUGGAGCGCAGCUUCUUAUAACAGCAUUAUUAGACACAGAUCUUCAGCUCACCUUGCUGAAUAAUGUGAACACCCGACAGAAACGCAGGAAAUAAGUUAUGAAAAAUAUUGCUUUGUGGCUAUUUGAGUCUUUGAGACUUAUUUUGUAUAAAGGAUAGCAGAAACAGCGCUUGUCAAAUCAUUAGGGCUUUUCAAGUUUUCUCAAGAAUAAUCUGCUGGGGAAGGAAUUCAGACACUGUCGAUAUAAAGACGCAAAAAACUCACAUAGAGUGAAAAUAUGAGCAAUUCAUCUGCAAAGAGCUCUGCUCUCUAAGAGAUGACCACUUGCU